AGAAAAUUGACCGAGGCGACUUAAUUAGGACUUGCAUAGAGUGGAACCGGGAACAUGGGCUGACGCUAGCUUACUAAGUUAACUUCGAGUUGGUGAAGUCCGAAGUAUUUGUACUAAUUCGUGCUAUCCUAACAAGCUGAUUGGCUCUUCUUAGAAAUCCUUCCAUCCCUCGCUUAGUGUCAUCGACAACCGGGUCCGGAGUUUUUUACUAUGAGACCUACCUGGAAGUACCUAAACAACCCGUAGAUAUUAUCCCACGUUGGAUUUUCGAUAUACACUUUGAAACAGACCGGAUCAUUUCUUUAAAUCUCUCGGUUUUUCCCUUCUUAUCUUUUUCGAGUUAUACCAUCGUUUAAACUUCAAGUUCAACACUCCUCAUACACCCUUUGCUUGCUCCCCCAAGACGCUGAGCAGCUUGUCGGCCCAUUCCAGCCUUACUACUUCACACCCAAAGCAGUAAUAACAUCUCUCGGCUAAUUUAAUUCCCCGUUAACAUGACUGUUAACACAACGGACCCGACACUGCACCUGCCGCGCAUACUCUGCUUGCACGGCGGCGGCACCAACGCUCGCAUCUUUAAAGCACAAUGCCGCAUAAUAUCACGAGUCCUAGCACCAUACUUCCGAUUCGUAUAUGCGGAAGCUCCAUACUCAUCCACAGCGGGUCCAGAUGUCAUGUCCGUGUACGCAGAGCACGGUCCCUUUAAGCGGUGGUUACGCUGGUUGCCGGAUCAGCCAGAAACAGACGACUACACCGCAAUCGCAGACAUUGACGCCAUGCUAGACGCCGCUAUAGACGCGGACGACCUCGCAGGCGCCACGGGUCCAUUCGUCGGGAUACUAGGUUUCAGCCAGGGAGCCAAGAUGGCAGCAAGCAUACUUUUCAGACAACAAAUCCGUGCUUCGAGGCUCGGCCGCGCACAUGCAGGUUCAGACUUCAAAUUCGGGGUAAUUCUCGCUGGACGAGCUCCCAUAGUGAACUUGGACCCUGGCGUCUUCCAAUCGUCUAUGCUAGUUGGCGCGGGUCAAGUUGGGUUAUCGCGCAGCCCCGACUUGAUGGAGCUUGUGAGCGGAAACCACAUUUUGAGGAUCCCGACUAUCCACGUUCACGGGUUGAACGACCCGGGCUUGAACCUACACAGAGAACUGCUUGAGGAGUACUGCGACCCGAUGACGACGAGAUUAGUCGAGUGGAGUGGUGGACACAGAGUUCCGAUCAAGGGAUCUGAUGUCAAGCCGCUGGUCGACCAGAUCAUUGACGUCGCGAAACUUACCGGGGCAUUGAAGCGUGGUUCGCAUUUCCCUGAAUCAAUGUUAUAGAGGCUAGAACGGGAUACAUGGGUAUUGGCGUGUUUUAUUUUUAUUUUUAGUAAUCGGAUUGAAUUGGGAUUGGAAUGGACGGGGAUUAGGUAAAGCCGGGUCGGCUUGGGGCUGGGAUGGGUCUUUACUCGGAGUACGGGGAAACGGGUAUGGGAAUAAUAAAUAUAGACGGGCGGAUACCUUGAGUGGUCUAGGUAUCUACCGGGUCCAAUAGAGAGGAACACUCGGACUUGGGAUAUCAUACGGAGUAAAUGGAUGGAAAUACAAGCGCUAAAGCGCAAUCAGGACUAGGCAAUACCAACAUGCCUGAUGACUUCACCUAGAGAAAGAAAAAAUCGAAUGACAAGAUUAGAUGAACUCAUUUGCUUACUUGCUUUGGUGAUUAUUUUGUGAAAUUUGGACGUAAGCUGAUUUUCAGCACCGCUCUUUUUCUUUCAGCACCAAGAAGCCAAGAAACAGCCAGCCGACCGUGCACUUUUCUGCCUGAGGCAUCACGGAAAGAUUACCAAAUGGCCCGUGCAUCGGUCCUUUGUACUGCCAAUCGGCCAAUUUACUUAUGUCGCGAUAAAUGUCGUGUUACGAAUAGCCCUUGUCCUGUUAUUUCGGAGUGGGCGAAAAUGCCACACAUCGCACCUAUUUGGAACGAAGAAUGAGAUAAGAUGAAAUGAAACGAAAUGAAGAAUAGGUUGGAGAUUGAAAAAAUUGGGGUUGAACACGAUAUUUAGAGGAAUUUGGUGAUCUAUGGA